AUGGGUGAUGAAACACACAAUAAUCAUGAGGUGCAUAGAAGAACUAUGUAUGAACUGUUGCAUCCCACACAAAAUUCUAUUCCUACAUGCAUCAUGUUUCCACCUAAUGCACCACAUGUAGAACUGAAACAAGGUUUAUUAGCAAUACUUCCUAACUUUAGGGGACAAGAAAAUGAAAAUCCUUAUGUCCAUGUUAGAGCUUUUGAAGAGGUAAUUAGUAGUUUCUAUGCACAAAAUGUUAUUGAGACUACUAAGUUACGUUUCUUUCUUUUUUCUCUUAAGGAUAAGGCAAGAAGUUGGCUUUACACCUUGAAACCUAGGUCUAUAGGUAGUUGGGGGGAGAUGGCCAAAGAGUUUUGUAAGAAACAUUUUCCUCCCCACAGAGUCCAGCAAGUAAAAAGAAGGAUAGCUAGUUUUGUCCAAGGAGAAAAUGAGACCUUAUACCAAGCUUGGGAAAGGUACAAAGAUCUUUUCAAUUUCUGUCCAACUCAUGGGUAUGAAGAUUGGAGGUUGGUUAGCUAUUUUUAUGAAGGACUUACACUUAGGGACCGACAGUUUGUUCAACUCUCAUGCGGAGGAGACUUUUUACAAAAAGAACCUGAAGAUGCAAUGGAUUAUCUUGAUGAGAUAGCUGAAAACUCUAACACAUGGACUGGACCUAGCUCAAUGGACUCCACUGAUAGGACUAGAACUAACACUACCACUUCUAGUGGAAGUGUUUUCAAGUUGAGGGAAGAUGAUAACGUGAGUGUAAAAAUCAGCAUGUUAACUAAAGAAAUUGAGGCACUCAAAAUGAAAGGAAGUAAGAAUGUUAGUGCUACCUUUAGAGAGGACCCAAUGGAGGUGUGUAAAAUCUGUCAUGAGAUAAACCAUGCUACAAAUGAAUGUGCAUCACUUUCAUCAUUCUUGAAUGUGCCAGAAGAACAAGUACAUGCAUUUAAUUCAUACUGGCCAAAUAAUUCUUCAUAUUCUAACAAUUAUAACCCAAAUAUGCGAAACCAUCCGUAUUUGAGUUAUAAGAGUGACAAUAUGUUGAAUCCUCCUACUCCAAGGAAUUUUAAUUCACCACAUGCAUCAUCAUCAUCAUCAUCAUCUAGACCUUCCUUGAAGGAUGCACUUAGUACUUUCAUUCAAAGGCAAAGUGAGCAAAAUCAAAAGUUUGAAUCCAUGAUCACUAGGCUAGAUGAAGAGGUAAGAGAGACCAAGAGUCAUAUAACUAGGCUUACAAAUUCAUUGAGUGGGAUAGAGAGAGGGAAGCUCCCUUCCCAAACUCAACCCAAUCCCAUCGAUCAAAAUCUAAAAAUUGGCUUUAAGGAUAAACAUGAGGAAGUAAAAGUUGUAACCAUUUUGAGGAGUGGUAAAGAGAUUGAUAAAAGUUCUCCUUUAGUAACUAAGAAAUCUAAGGAGACCAUAGUUGAAAAAGAGAAGGAUGAAAUUGAGCCACUUGGGCUUGAUGACAUUGAACAAUGCCCAAUCCCUCCACCAUUUCCACAAGCCUUAAAAUUACCUAGGAAAUUGGACACCACAUCUGAGAUAUUAGAGCAUUUACAUCAAGUCAAGAUAAAUUUGCUAUUAUUGCAUGUUAUCAAGCAAGUGCUUGCAUAUGCCAAGGUAAUUAAGGACCUAUGCACCAUCAAGAAAAAGCAUCAUGUGAAGAAGACCGCAUUCCUAACAGAACAGGUAAGUGCAGUUAUCCAACAUAAGAUCCCGCCAAAGUAUAAGGAUCCAGGUUGUCCUACGAUCUCUUGUACUAUUGGAGAUUACAUCAUGGAGCAUGCAUUGCUAGAUCUUGGGGCAAGUGUUAAUUUGAUCCCCUUUAGUGUAUAUCAAAAACUUGGACUUGGUGAGUUGAAACCUACUUCAAUAACUUUACAGUUGGCUGAUCACUCUGUAAGGGAACCGAGAGGGAUUGUUGAGGAUGUGUUGGUGAAAAUUGAACAAUUUUAUUAUCCUGUUGAUUUUAUUGUUCUAGAUUACCAACCUGUUUUACAUCCUAAUAUUCAUACCCCUAUUAUUUUGGGUAGACCUUUUCUUGCCACAGCUAAUGCUUUUAUUAAUUGCAGGAAUGGGAAAAUGCAACUCACUUUUGGUUCCAUGACUUUGGAGCUAAACAUAUUUCAUGUGGCUAAACAACCACAUGAGGAUGAUGACUGUGCUUAUGUGAACCUCAAUGGGGCGGUGGUUCAAGAAGAAUUUAAUAAGAAUUGUUUUUCUGAUCCUCUUGAAACUCUUCUUAAUAAUUUUGUUGGUUCUUAUGAUUUAGAAUGUGAUAUUCAUGUAUCUGAAAAUUUUUCUUUGUUGGAUUCCUCACAGGUUUUGGAAGAACAAUAG